CGCAAAGCGUCGAGCGCGCGCAAGCCGCGCCGGCGUUAUACGUGGGCUAGACAGCGCAAUUUCUGUUUGACGUACUCAGAAAAGACGUCUGACAACAGCCAAUCCAUCUAUUUUAGGCGGUGGGGCCGCGCCAAGCCGCCGAGCCUGCUCACCUCUGCACAGCUCAUUUGCGCGCGCAUCACAGCGCGACAAGACGACGCGAGACGCCGCGCGCAUGCCAGCCGCCGCGCGAAUACAAGAAUGCCGCUCCUCAGCAGUUUAGUACUGCCCGACGCCGCCGCCGCGGAGGCCGCCGUCGCCGCGCUCCAACACAUAGCGCCUCCAGUAUUAAGUGUCGAAGCGCUUUUGGAGAGGGACCUCGAGGCGCUCGAAGCUCAAAUCGAUUUGCCGCGCGGCGCCCUCGCUGCAUUCAGAAAAGCCGUCGCACACCACUACGCGCCCCUACGGAACGCCUCAACUCUACAAGAUGAAGAGGUACUCACGCCAACGGGCUGCGCCGCGAUUGAUGCCUUGUUGGGGGGCGGGUUUAGGGGAGGCGACGUGGCCGAAGUCGUCGGUCCCACUUGCUCGGGAAAGACGCAAUUGCUACUCGCGACGGCGUGCCGAGCCUCUGAAAGAGGUAGAAACGUGGCCUGGGUCGACGCUGGUUCAAGCUCCUUCUCACCAGCGAGAGCGCGGUCCAUGAAAGGUAGGUUAGAUUUGAUACGGGUCUGUUUUGCCGAAGACGCGUGGGCCAUGUUACGAUCUUUGGACGACGCCGGGCGGUUUUUAAAACCAGGAGACGUUUGCGUCGUCGACGCGCCGUCGCGGGUGCUGACGCCGAAUCUCGGCGGGGACCGGAACCCGCAGGGGCACCAACUCUUAGCGCUGGCGACGCGCGCUUUACAAACUCUAGCGCGGCAGGGCGUUUGCGUCCUCGUGGCGAACUCCACGGCGCGAGGCUUGUCCGACGGCAUGGACGACGAAGGCGCGUUCUUCGACGAGAGCUGGAAGGCCGCGCUCGGGCCCGUGUGGUCGACGUGUGCUUCCUUGAGAUUGGCGCUGGCGGCGCCUCGUGAUGGUGUGUGUCGGUGUGCCCUGGCGAAGGCUCCCGAUGGUUCUAGGGGCGAGGCGGCGUUUCGCGUUUGUGCGGAGGGGGUGGCGGACGUAGAGCCCUGUGAUGUGUAAGACAGUAGUAUACUUAGCACAAGU